AUGCUGGAUUUAGAUCUAGAUGUGACCAGUAAGCUGUACCUGUGCUCAGUGUGUGUACCUUGCUCCGCAGAUGUGACCAGUAAGCUGUACCUGUGCUCAGUGUGUGUACCUUGCUCCGCAGAUGUGACCAGUAAGCUGUACCUGUGCUCAGUGUGUGUACCUUGCUCCGCAGAUGUGACCAGUAAGCUGUACCUGUGCUCAGUGUGUGUACCUUGCUCCGCAGAUGUGACCAAUGUGACCAGUAAGCUGUACCUGUGCUCAGUGUGUGUACCUUGCUCCGCAGAUGUGACCAGUAAGCUGUACCUGUGCUCAGUGUGUGUACCUUGCUCCGCAGAUGUGACCAGCCACGAAGACUUUUGUGAGGGGGAGGGGUCAAGCACCUAUCGCCUCCACUCCCAGGCUCCUAUCGCCUCCUCUCCCUGGCUCCUAUCGCCUCCUCUCCCUGGCUCCUAUCGCCUCCUCUCCCUGGCUCCUAUCGCCUCCUCUCCCUGGCUCCUAUCGCCUCCUCUCCCUGGCUCCUAUCGCCUCCUCUCCCUGGCUCCUAUCGCCUCCUCUUGCCUCCUCUCCCUGGCUCCUAUCGCCUCCUCUUGCCUCCUCUCCCUGGCGCCUAUCGCCUCCUCCUCCCUGGCUCCUAUCGCCUCCUCUUGCCUCCUCUCCCUGGCUCCUAUCGCCUCCUCUCCCUGGGUCCUAUCGCCUCCUCUUGCCUCCUCUCCCUGGCUCCUAUCGCCUCCUCUUGCCUCCUCUCCCUGGCUCCUAUCGCCUCCUCUCCCUGGCUCCUAUCGCCACCUAUCGCCUCCUCUCCCUGGCUCCUAUCGCCUCCUCUCCCUGGCCCCUAUCGCCUCCUCUCCCUGGCUCCUAUCGCCUCCUCUCCCUGGUUCCUAUCGCCUCCUCUCCCUGGCUCCUAUCGCCUCCUCUUGCCUCCUCUCCCUGGCUCCUAUCGCCUUCUCUUGCCUCCUCUCCCUGGCUCCUAUCGCCUCCUCUCCCUGGCUCCUAUCGCCUCCUCUUGCCUCCUCUCCCUGGCUCCUAUCGCUUCCUCUCCCUGGCUCCUCUCCCUGGCUCCUCUCCCUGGCUCCUAUCGCCUCCUCUCCCUGGCUCCUAUCGCCUCCUCUUGCCUCCUCUCCCUGGCUCCUAUCUCCUCCUCUUGCCUCCUCUCCCUGGCUCCUAUCGCCUCCUCUCCCUGGCUCCUAUCUCCUCCUCUUGCCUCCUCUCCCUGGCUCCUAUCGCCUCCUCUCCCUGGCUCCUAUCACCUCCUCUUGCCUCCUCUCCCUGGCUCCUAUCGCCUCCUCUUGCCUCCUCUCCCUGGCUCCUAUCGCCUCCUCUCCCUGGCUCCUAUCGCCUCCUCUCCCUGGCUCCUAUCGCCUCCUCUCCCUGGCUCCUAUCGCCUCCUCUCCCCGGCUCCUAUCGCCUCCUCUCCCCGGCUCCUAUCGCAUCCUCUCCCCGGCUCCUAUCGCCUCCUCUCCCCGGCUCCUAUCGCCUCCUCUCCCUGGCUCCUAUCGCCUCCUCUCCCUGGCUCCUAUCGCCUCCUCUCCCUGGCUCCUAUCGCCUCCUCUUGCCUCCUCUCCCUGGCUCCUAUCGCCUCCUCUUGCCUCCUCUCCCUGGCUCCUAUCGCCUCCUCUCCCUGGCUCCUAUCGCCUCCUCUUGCCUCCUCUCCCUGGCUCCUAUCGCCUCCUCUCCCUGGGUCCUAUCUCCUCCUCUUGCCUCCUCUCCCUGGCUCCUAUCGCCUCCUCUUGCCUCCUCUCCCUGGCUCCUAUCGCCUCCUCUCCCUGGCUCCUAUCGCCACCUAUCGCCUCCUCUCCCUGGCUCCUAUCGCCUCCUCUCCCUGGCCCCUAUCGCCUCCUCUCCCUGGCUCCUAUCGCCUCCUCUCCCUGGUUCCUAUCGCCUCCUCUCCCUGGCUCCUAUCGCCUCCUCUUGCCUCCUCUCCCUGGCUCCUAUUGCCUUCUCUUGCCUCCUCUCCCUGGCUCCUAUCGCCUCCUCUCCCUGGCUCCUAUCGCCUCCUCUUGCCUCCUCUCCCUGGCUCCUAUCGCAUCCUCUCCCUGGCUCCUCUCCCUGGCUCCUCUCCCUGGCUCCUAUCGCCUCCUCUCCCUGGCUCCUAUCGCCUCCUCUUGCCUCCUCUCCCUGGCUCCUAUCUCCUCCUCUUGCCUCCUCUCCCUGGCUCCUAUCGCCUCCUCUCCCUGGCUCCUAUCACCUCCUCUUGCCUCCUCUCCCUGGCUCCUAUCGCCUCCUCUCCCUGGCUCCUAUCGCCUCCUCUUGCCUCCUCUCCCUGGCUCCUAUCGCCUCCUCUCCCUGGCUCCUAUCGCCUCCUCUCCCUGGCUCCUAUCGCCUCCUCUUGCCUCCUCUCCCUGGCUCCUAUCGCAUCCUCUCCCUGGCUCCUCUCCCUGGCUCCUCUCCCUGGCUCCUAUCGCCUCCUCUCCCUGGCUCCUAUCGCCUCCUCUUGCCUCCUCUCCCUGGCUCCUAUCUCCUCCUCUUGCCUCCUCUCCCUGGCUCCUAUCGCCUCCUCUCCCUGGCUCUCCUAUCACCUCCUCUUGCCUCCUCUCCCUGGCUCCUAUCGCCUCCUCUCCCUGGCUCCUAUCGCCUCCUCUUGCCUCCUCUCCCUGCUCCUAUCGCCUCCUCUCCCUGGCUCCUAUCGCCUCCUCUCCCUGGCUCCCUCGCCUCCUCUCCCUGCUCCUCGCCUCCUCUCCCUGGCUCCUAUGCCUCCUCUUGCCUCCUCUCCCUGGCUCCUAUCUCCUCCUCUUGCCUCCUCUCCCUGGCGCCUAUCGCCUCCUCUCCCUGGCUCCUAUCACCUCCUCUUGCCUCGUCUCCCUGGUUCCUAUCGCCUCUCUCUCCCUGGCUCCUAUCGCCUCCUCUUGCCUCCUCUCCCUGGCUCCUAUCGCCUCCUCUCCCUGGCUCCUAUCGCCUCCUCUCCCUGGCUCCUAUCGCCUCCUCUCCCUGGCUCCUAUCGCCUCCUCUCCCUGGCUCCUAUCGCCUCCUCUCCCCGGCCCCUAUCGCCUCCUCUCCCCGGCUCCUAUCGCAUCCUCUCCCCGGCUCCUAUCGCCUCCUCUCCCCGGCUCCUAUCGCCUCCUCUCCCCGGCUCCUAUCGCCUCCUCUCCCUGGCUCCUAUCGCCUCCUCUCCCUGGCUCCUAUCGCCUCCUCUCCCUGGCUCCUAUCGCCUCCUCUUGCCUCCUCUCCCUGGCUCCUAUCGCCUCCUCUUGCCUCCUCUCCCUGGCUCCUAUCGCCUCCUCUCCCUGGCUCCUAUCGCCUCGCUCCUCUCCUGGCUCCUCUCGCCUCCUCUCCCUCCUAUCUCCUCCUCUGCCUCCUCUCUCCCUGCCUCCUCUGCCUCCUCUGCCUCCUCUCCCUGCCUCCUCUGCCUCCUCUCUGCUCCUCUGCCUCCUCUGCCUCUCUCUCCUCUGCCUCCUCUGCCUCCUCUGCUCCUCUGCUCCUCUGCCUCCUCUGCCUCCUCUGCCUCCUCUGCCUCCCUGCUCCUCUGCCUCCUCUGCCUCCUCUGCCUCCUCUGCCUCCUCUGCCUCCUCUCUCCCUGCUCCUCUCGCCUUCUCUCUGCCUCCUCUCCCUGGCUCCUCCUCUGCCUCCUCUCCCUGGCUCCUAUCGCUCCUCUGCCUCCUCUCUGGCUCCUAUCGCUCCUCCUCUGGCUCCUCUCGCCUGGCUCCUAUCGCCUCCUCUCCCUGCUCCUCUCGCCUCCUCUGCCUCCUCUCUCUGGCUCCUCUGCCUCCUCUGCCUCUCUCCCUGCCUCCUCUGCCUCCCUCUGCUCCUCUGCCUCCUCUGCCUCCUCCUGCUCCUCCUCCUGCCUCCUCUGCCUCCUCUGCCUCCUCUGCCUCCUCUGCCUCCUCUGCCUCUCCUCUGCCUCCUCUGCCUCCUCUGCUCCUCUGCCUCCUCUCCUCUGCCUCCUCUGCCUCCUCUGCCUCCUCUGCUCUCCUCUCCCCGGCUCCUCUGCCUCCUCUGCCUCCUCUGCCUCCUCUGCCUCCUCUGCCUCCUCUGCCUCCUCUGCCUCCCUCUGCCUCCUCUGCCUCCUCUGCCUCCUCUGCCUCCUCUGCUCCUCUGCCUCCUCUCGCCUCUGCCUCCUCUGCCUCCUCCUGCUCCUCUGCUCCCUCUCCUCCUCCUCUGCCUCCUGCCUCCUCUGCUCCUCCUCUGCCUCCUCUCUCUGCCUCCUCUGCCUCCUCUCCUCCUCCUCUGCCUCCUCUGCCUCCUCUGCCUCCUCUGCCUCCUCUGCCUCCUCUCCUCUGCUCCUCUGCCUCCUCUCUGCCUCCUCUGCCUCCUCUGCCUCCUCUGCCUCCUCUCUCCUCUGCUCUCCUCUGCCUCCUCUGCCUCCCCUCUCCUCCUCUGCCUCCUGCCUCCUCUGCUCCUCUGCCUCUCCUCUCCUCUGUCUCCUCUGCCUCCUCCUCUGCCUCCUCCUCUGCCUCCUCCUCUGCCUCCUCCUCUGCCUCCUCCUCUGCUCCCUCUCCCUCCUCCUCCUCUGUCUCCUCUGCCUCCUCCUCUGCCUCCUCCUCUGCUCCUCUCCUCCUCCUGCCUCCUCUCUCUGCUCCUCUGCCUCCUCUGCCUCCUCUCCCUCCUCUGCCUCCUCCUCUGCCUCCUCCUCUGCCUCCUCCUCUGCCUCCUCCUCUGCCUCCUCUGCCUCCUCUGCCUCCUCUGCCUCCUCUGCCUCCUCUGCCUCCUCCUCUGCCUCCUCUGCCUCCUCUGCCUCCUCUGCCUCCUCUGCCUCCUCUGCCUCCUCUGUCUCCUCUGCCUCCUCUGCCUCCUCUGCCUCCUCUGCCUCCUCUGCCUCCUCUGCCUCCUCUGUCUCCUCUGCCUCCUCUGCCUCCUCUGCCUCCUCUGCCUCCUCUGUCUCCUCUGUCUCCUCUGCCUCCUCUGCCUCCUCUGCCUCCUCUGCCUCCUCUGCCUCCUCUGUCUCCUCUGCCUCCUCUGCCUCCUCUGCCUCCUCUGCCUCCUCUGCCUCCUCCUCCUCUGCCUCCUCCUCUGCCUCCUCCUCUGCCUCCUCCUCUGCCUCCUCCUCUGCCUCCUCUGCCUCCUCUGCCUCCUCUGUCUCCUCUGCCUCCUCUGCCUCCUCCUCUGCCUCCUCUGCCUCCUCCUCUGCCUCCUCUGCCUCCUCUGCCUCCUCUGCCUCCUCUGCCUCCUCUGCCUCCUCUGCCUCCUCUGUCUCCUCUGCCUCCUCUGCCUCCUCUGCCUCCUCUGUCUCCUCUGCCUCCUCCUCUGCCUCCUCCUCUGCCUCCUCCCUGCCUCCUCUGCCUCCUCUGCCUCCUCUGCCUCCUCUGUCUCCUCUGCCUCCUCUGCCUCCUCUGCCUCCUCUGCCUCCUCUGUCUCCUCUGCCUCCUCUGCCUCCUCUGCCUCCUCUGCCUCCUCUGCCUCCUCUGCCUCCUCUGCCUCCUCCUCUGCCUCCUCCUCUGCCUCCUCCUCUGCCUCCUCCUCUGCCUCCUCCUCUGCCUCCCUGCCUCCUCUGCCUCCUCUGCCUCCUCUGCCUCCUCCUGUCUCCUCUGCCUCCUCUGUCUCCUCUGUCUCCUCUGCCGCCUCCUCCUCUGCCUCCUCCUCUGCCUCCUCUGCCUCCUCUGCCUCCUCUGCCUCCUCUGUCUCCUCUGUCUCCUCUGCCUCCUCUGCCUCCUCUGCCUCCUCUGCCUCCUCUGCCUCCUCUGCCUCCUCUGCCUCCUCUGUCUCCUCUGUCUCCUCUGCCUCCUCCUCUGCCUCCUCCUCUGCCUCCUCUCCUCCUCCUGUCCUCCUCUGCCUCCUCUGCCUCCUCCUCUGCCUCCUCCUCUGCCUCCUCCUCUGCCUCCUCCUCUGCCUCCUCCUCUGCCUCCUCCUCUGUCUCCUCUGCCUCCUCUGCCUCCUCUGUCUCCUCUGCCUCCUCCUCUGCCUCCUCCUCUGCCUCCUCCUCUGCCUCCUCUGCCUCCUCUGCCUCCUCUGCCUCCUCUGCCUCCUCUGCCUCCUCCUCUGCCUCCUCUGCCUCCUCUGCCUCCUCUGCCUCCUCUGCCUCCUCUGCCUCCUCUGUCUCCUCUGUCUCCUCUGCCUCCUCUGCCUCCUCUGCCUCCUCUGCCUCCUCUGCCUCCUCUGUCUCCUCUGCCUCCUCUGCCUCCUCUGCCUCCUCUGCCUCCUCUGUCUCCUCUGUCUCCUCUGCCUCCUCUGCCUCCUCUGCCUCCUCUGCCUCCUCUGCCUCCUCUGUCUCCUCUGCCUCCUCUGCCUCCUCUGCCUCCUCUGCCUCCUCUGCCUCCUCUGCCUCCUCUGCCUCCUCCUCUGCCUCCUCCUCUGCCUCCUCCUCUGCCUCCUCCUCUGCCUCCUCCUCUGCCUCCUCCUCUGUCUCCUCUGCCUCCUCUGCCUCCUCUGUCUCCUCUGCCUCCUCUGCCUCCUCCUCUGCCUCCUCUGCCUCCUCUGCCUCCUCUGCCUCCUCUGCCUCCUCUGCCUCCUCCUCUGCCUCCUCUGCCUCCUCUGCCUCCUCUGCCUCCUCUGCCUCCUCUGCCUCCUCUGCCUCCUCUGCCUCCUCCUCUGCCUCCUCUGCCUCCUCUGCCUCCUCUGCCUCCUCUGCCUCCUCUGCCUCAUGGAGGAAUAUACUAG